UGCAGAGGUGGACUUCCUGAAGAAAGAUGACAUUUUCAGAAACGAAGAAGAUGGGAAUGCUACUGAGACGAAGAAGAUAUGGGAAUGCUAUAGAGACGAAGAAGAUGGGACUACAAAGACGAAGAAGAUGGGAAUGCUACAGAGAUGAAGAAGAUGGAGGAAUGCUAUAGAGACGAAGAAGAUGGGAAUGCUACAGAGACGGAGAAGAUGGGUAUAUUUAUUGACAGCAAUAUCUCGUGGAAGUCCACCUCUGCAAAAUGGCUGCAAAAUGCAGCAAAAAUCAACGCCAUGAAAAUCCAGUAUGUAGCUUGUCCCAAUCAACAAGUCGGCGUAAUAAUUGCUAAAAUGAAUCCGGCUGAUCUCAAAAGGAUCGGUGUCAGUGUCGUGAGCAGCUCCAAUGAGACCGAUAACUCCGGUGAGAACCAUGUCAAUGGUGGUAUGGAUAAAGAGAGGAUUGUUCCCACAUUUAACUCCAGCAUCACUGCCUUAGGACUUUUCCGAUCUUUUUUCAAGAGAGAACUCAAGGAAACACUGCUUGCAAUUACAGAAAACGAAGAUGCCAAGUGGAGCAGACCCAAGGGAUGUGGAUUCAUAGCAGUGGACCCUUAAAUAGUGUAAAAGACUAUUUGAGGAGCGGGUUCAGCCAGACUUGAGCAUCGAACUAGGAUCAAGACCAACGGCUCCACCAAAGGUGCCUCAUGUUCCCGUCAUCAAGAGCCGCUCUAGCCCCCGAGGUGAGGACAAAGAGCAUGCUAAGAAACCCAAGAAUGGUAAUGGUCGUGAGAAUGGAGGUGUUGUGAAACCCAGCCGUGAUGGAGCUAAUGGUGGCGGCGGCGGUCAUAAUGGGAAGCAUUCUGAAGGUGGCAGUGGUCCUAGUAAUGGGGAGCCGGAUGGUGGAGUUGCUGGUGAUGAAGGAGGAAACAGUGCUGGUGCGACGGAGGGGGUUGGAGAAGGUGGAAUUCUUGAGAAGCUUUUGGAAAAGUUUCAUGAGAUAUUUGGAGGUUAAGUCAUGGAAGAAUUUUAAAAAUGAAAAAAAAAAAAAAAGGUU